CUGGAAAAAAACUCGACACAGCCAGAAAUUUCCAUGUGGUCGAAGGCAAACAGCAGACUUAUAUUUUCACCGAGGAAAUGGCCAUAGUGACGAUUUAUUAGUGUUAAUAUAUUACUUUGGGUUUUCACCUUAACAACUGCUCUAUAGUUUAUCGCCUGGAUUGGGCACUUAAACGUUUGAUUCAGUGUUUCUUCUUCGAUAUAAAUGACUAAACGUGCCCCAGAUUGAGGAGUCGUACUGCAGUGCUGCGUUGAGGUUUUGUGGCUGAAUCCAGGCUGUUUGUGAUGAAGCAGCUCCUUUGAUUGACGGCUGCGACGGCCAUUCGAGGACACGUAGAGGCGGGACAUAUUCUCAGCUCUGCCAAUGGAGGAUUGGGAUUACGUGGGUGUUGGCACAGAAUGUUUCCAAAUCAUUCACGUUAAUCAACGCCUUUCAAAGCAGACCUGUCUUGGCAGGAGAAGCGGAGGUGGCUGAGUUCCAUGAAUUUUUGCCACAGUGGCAGCCAGCCGGCCUGCAGUUUUGGAGCUGCUGUGUUACCUGUAAUCUUCUUGCAGACCUGAAGCUUACAGAGAACCGCACCAGACCACAACAGACCAGACCUGACCAGGUUGAGCCCAAUUAUUCACAGUCUCCCUCUCCCCCUCCCCUGCAUCCACCAGCACUCUGCGAUUGUUUCCCUCAGCAGUAAUUUAUUGUGCUGAUCGGACAACCUCACACCACUGGGACUGGACAGGAGACCCAGAGGUUCCCACCACUGGAGCUCUAAGCUGUGCCUGGCAAUGCCUCAGCCCAGCGUCAGUGGGAUGGAGCCUCCCUUUGGGGAUGCCUUUCAGAACUACUCGAUUGCUGACCAGGCUCUGACCAGCACUGAGCUGCUCGCCACCAGCUCUGACCCAGAUUUCAUGUACGAACUGGACAGAGACAUGAGCCACCAGCAGAGCCCCUGUGGGGACAGCAUUGUGGGGAUCGGGGAUGGAGGCAAGGAGGUUGAGGGUUGCGUGGACCAGCUAAUGGGUCUGGGUGAAUGUGAGACAGUCUGCAGCAGCUCGGCGUUCGAACAGUGGGACUCCUACUGGGAAGACCUCACCAGAUACACACGGCUGGCCAGCUGUGAUAUCUGGGGCACCAAAGAGGUGGACUUCCUCGGAUUGGAUGACUUCUCCAGUCCUUACCAGGACGAGGAGGUGAUUGGUCGAACUCCGACGCUGGCUCAGCUCAACAGCGAGGACUCACAGCCUGUGGGUGAGACGCUCUACCCUCCCGCUGACCUGAGCUUGCCCCAGACUCAGUCGUCCCAGCUUCCCUGUCACAGUAAGACUCUCCUGGUCCCCGGCCAAGGAUCAGGCCCCGGCUCUGUUCAACCUUCACCAAGCUCCACAUCCUCUUCCCGUCCUUCGCGCAGCCUUCUCCCGGACUUUCCUGAAGGCUCCCAAAGAGCAACCAGACCUGUUCCUUCCAGCACUGAGACUAUGGCUAAGACUCAGAGCCACCUCAGUCUCACCCAGGACCAUGGUCAUGCUCAAAUAAAGCCCAUGGUGCGUGGAACCAAAAUGGGAGCCCCAACUUCCUACAGCUCUGACUUUGUGCGCAAGGCUAAAGUCCGUGUCAGUGCUGUACAUAAGACCCAAGCGGACAUGCCUCCCCAGACGGAUUUUGAGAGGUCAGAUCCCACUCUACCUCUCUCCCAGCCUCGAGAUGAGAAAGCCUCUACUUCAGCAAGUGCCGCCUUAGUGGGACUUCCUGGUGCUGCCGCCGCCAGCUGUUCAGGCAGCCUGGCGAGCUUUGAAAGGAGAGUAGAGGGGACAGCGAGGAGAGAGAUGCCUGUAGGCCGGUCUGCCACUGUGCCUCAGCUGGUUGAGGCAAGCCAGGCUCUGGAGACCAGCACCUCUGGGCUGGUGAUCAGCGAUGGUGUUUGCAGCGGGGCUGGCAGUCUUUUGGUUGUUGAGGGUACGGAGAAGACCAAGGAAGAGGAGCACAACUACUCUCUCUUCCUGACCCGCAGCAGACUGGGCAGCAGAGGCCACCCCCAGAUAGAGGAAGAGGAGGAAGAGGACGAGGAGGAUGAGGAAGAGGCAGAGGAAGAGGAAGGAGAUGGGUUGGAGCUAGAAGACGAAGACCAUGAUGAGGGUUUUGGCAGUGAGCACGAGCUGUCUGAGAAUGAAGAGGAGGAAGAAGAGGAGGAGGACGAAGACUACGAAGCAGACAAGGACGAUGACAUGAGUGACGCCUUCUCUGAGCCAGGCUGUGACAUGGAGCUGAUGGAGGACAUUAAAGGGCUCACAGCAGGAGUCUCCAGCCGAAAGAGAGGAAAGCGCCGCUACUUCUGGGAGUACAGCGAGCAGCUCACCCCCUCCAAACAGGAACGCAUGCUCAAGCCGUCCGAGUGGGACAGACACACGCUGCCUAGCAACCUGUACCAGAAGAACGGGCCUCUCCACGGAAAAUACAUGCUGAAGAAGUCUCGACGCACAGACGUGGAAGACCUGACUCCCAAUCCACGAAAGCUGCUGCAGAUUGGCACAGAGCUUCGUAAACUGAACAAGGUGAUCAGCGACUUGACUCCCGUGAGCGAGCUGCCACUGACUGCACGGCCACGCUCUCGCAAGGAGAAAAACAAGCUGGCCUCCAGAGCUUGCCGUUUAAAAAAGAAAGCCCAAUACGAAGCAAAUAAAGUGAAGCUCUGGGGACUCAGCACAGAGUACGACCGGCUGUUGUUUGUGAUCAACGCAAUCAAGGAGGAGAUAGUGGAGCGAGUGGAGGACUCUUCUCCGCGUCCAACCAACAUGUCUGACACUCUGGAGCGACUCAUAAAGGAGACACUUGUGCCAUCACCUGUUGCUGGGCAGACUUCAGACUUCGUCAACAAGAUCUUGGAGAACACAGGACGCGGCGAUCCCACCGGCGGACUGGUCGGCCUGCGAGUCCCCACCUCCAAAAUCUAGACAGGCCGCCGUCCACUGAGGACUCAGUAUUACGAUCGCGCUGUCCUGUUGUAACUAUGCUCCCUUCUGCAUGCCCCUACAACCCAGACUUUCAUGCACAUUGUUAGUCACACAAACACACAUACCACUUCCUGUGUGUAGGUAUGUGUGCUUGUUUUUGCCAUGCCACCUGUAUGGCAUACACCCUAGCUUUCUGGCUCUGCGUGCAGAGUCAGCGCAUCACAGUUCUCCCAACUCAUUGUGAACGUCCGUUGGGGGGAAAAAGCGCCUCUAAAAGCAAGUGAUGGUUAGGUGUAUAGCUAAUAGCACGUCCUAAAUCCACUGGUGAUGAUUAGAUGUGUUUAACAUAGCAUUGUGUAGGGUUGUUUCUGUUGGAGGCUGAGACAAACAGUCGCAUGAGCGUAACCACUGGAAUACUUUCACACGUUUGUUUGAGGUUGUAGUGACAAAGGACGAAUUUACAUGAAAAAAGUUCCAGUUAUCAUUUCUCAGAAGACUUUCACCUCACAUGGCAACAAAAGUGGACUUGAGGUUGUCAAAUUAACCCAAUGGAGUAAAGCACCUUGAUGAAAAUGGCCUUGUAAGCUGCAGUGGAAAAAAGCGGCUUGUUCCGAGGCGUUACGGGGUGGCAAGAAAUAUUUUGUAUUGAAGGCCUAAAUAUGUUCAUGCCAUCCCUGCGAAACAAUAAAGCUGAAAGUUAUCAUUAGAGCUUUUAUUAAGCAAGAGGCAUCCUGCUGGUUUGAAGCUCGUGCCAGGCAGGAGGAAGCUUAACGGCUCAUAGUUGACCAUGUGGAGAGGAAGCGCAUGUAGCAUGGUGCUUUUUGGCCUUGUGCUGGUUAUAACUGGACUGCGUGGAACAGACCAGUGUGGGAUCAGACAGAAAGUGAGGAAGAUGAUAAUGGUGGUGCUGUUGGCGGCGAUAGAGAUGACAUAAACAGUGAUCCAUCUCCUCCAGGAAACUGUAAAUAACUGUGUCUCCCAGCGAACGGCACCGGCUUCCCUUUUUUGUACAGUAGAGACGACCAGGCAGUUUGGUGUGUUCAUACUAGUGUUUGAUCAGAGUUCUAUUCAUUGUGCCUUGUGUAUGUAUGUAUGUGUGUGUGUGUGUGUGUGCGCGCGUGUCUCCGUAAGAGCAAGUGAGUGUGAGCGGGGCUGAACGAGGAGAGGUGAUCGGCCAGAACUCCCAGCCUAGGAAAGGACUACUUAUAGCGAGUGCGAUGAGGGACACGCUGGUGGGGUCUUGUUGUGUCUUUCAGCUGUUUCGAAGAUAUUCUGAAUGUACAUAAACAAAUGGAAGCUCUUGUCGCGUGAUGCCACAGAGUCUGUGUAUAUAGGAGGGCUCUGCAAUAGAUUACUUUUGGUUUUUGGUACUUUCGUCUUUGGGGAUUUUGGGGGGGGGUUUAAGGAUGACAGAUAUUUUUCUUUUAGAGUUACAAAAAAAUAUUUGCACACUAUCUUUUGAUUAUGUUUUGUACCAAAGACACAUGCAACGAAAUGGCGACCAGCCAGUUAAAGUAAGGUUUUGCACAGCUUACCUGACGCCGUAUUGAAUGUAAGAUUUGUGGGAGGGUCAGGGAACUUCAUAGAACUGUGAAAUUAGCUUGGGUCCAAUUCUGUACAGAAAAGGAACAUUCAUUUGCUUAUUCUUCUUCUUCUUAUUAUUAUUUUGAAUCUAAAAUUGAACCCCUCUGUUGGCUUCUCCAGUAGAUUUAUUGCUUAAGGAAGCCCUUCAUUCCUGAACUGAUUCCUCCCUCCACCUGCUCAUUGUGUUAAUGGCGCUACCUAGGAUGAAUACCAAGAGUGCUACUAGAUAAGCUAUGUUACAAUUUUCUUUUCUUCUUCUUUUUUUUUUUUUUGCUUGUUAAAAUUUCACAAACAGUAACCAAAAUCUUAUGUUCCUGUAUCACUUGUUUGAUUUCUGUAUGUAGAUGAGGUCUAUAGACAAAUAUAUUAACUGAAUAUUGUACAUAGAAACAUUAAUGAUAUAUCUAUGAAUGGUGAAACGCCACUUUUCAUGA